ACUGCGCAUGCUCCGUAGCAGAACCCCGGGCUGCAGAAUGACGUCCAUGUUUUUCUCCAGCUCAUCCCAUCCUCCCACGGCAGAUGGAAGAGAAAUGGCUCCAGAGGAGCCUGUUCAGAGGCCAGUGACCUUUGAGGAGGUGGCUGUGUAUUUCACCAGGGAAGAGUGGACUCUGCUGGACCCUGCCCAGAGAGCGCUCUGCAGAGACGUCAUGCAGCAGAACUAUGAGAAUGUGACCUCACUGGCAUCACCCCAAUAUGCCAGUGACACAGAGAACCCUCCCCUCCACCCCGCUGCAGAACGCUUUGGGAACAGAGCACAGGAGCGGUAUUGCACAGUGUCAAAUAGCUCGUGUUUGCUCAAGUAAAACUAGGGGUUAGGUCCAGGAUAAUGAACAGAAGGUUUCUACCCCUGCCCUUUUCUUCAAACACUGAGCCUAUUCCCCCCAAACCAGAAUGUGCUUGGGGUAUGAGAGGCAGACUGCUGGAGUCAGAGCUGCUGGUCCAGGGUUACUUAUCACACAGAUGCUCAGGGUAUGGCUACAC